AUGGACAAUCCGCAAUAUUAUCAACCCCUCUCGCACGCUCUUCAUGCCCCUCUGGUGUCCACAUCUCACACCUCUCCCCGCCAGUCGUAUGCCCACUACGCCCCCCAUCAACAGCACCCCGUGACGAAUGGCGCCGGCUCUGGUCAUCGUGAAGAGGAAGAGGAGGAAGAGGACGACGACGAGGAGGUCGUCGAGGAAGAGGUCGAGCACCACGACGCGGAUCACCCCCGCCAGUCGGCCAGCAGCCACUCUUCUCCUCGCGUCAACGCUGCUCAGACCCAAUCGAGCUCGACGGGAAGCGCGGCCUCUGCGACCGCCUCUGCAGACUACAGGCAGGCCGUCUCCCAGCAGGAGCGCGCCCCCUCCGCUAACAACGACGAUGCCACCGAGAAGCGCAAGCCAGGCCGUCCUCGUGGCUCCCGCAACCGCAAACCCCGGGUCUCGUCCGGAAGUGCGACCAAGGCUCCCACCAACUCGCAACAUCCGGGCUUCUAUCAGUACCCUCCUGCUCCAACGAAUAUCUCGCAGCAAAACCAGCAGUUCUACGAGUUCCAAUGGAGAGCCUUGAACUUAUGCUCUGAGUUCUACAAUGCCGCGGAGGAACUGGUCAAAGCAGCAUCUCCGAUGGUCAUCGCGCAGUGUUACCAGUUGGGCCCCUCGUCGAAGGUCGAUCCUCUCUUAAUGAUUGCAGACGCGAAACGCGUUUGUGACAAUCUCCUCGCGAAUCCGAGCCAAUUGGUCGGCCAGCCUGUUCCUGCGCCAACGUACCCAAGCUACUCGAGCAUGCCUCCCCCUCCCCCUCCAGGCGCUGCUGCCGCCGCCGGUCCCGCCCCUUCUGCCGGUUCCGUCAUCACCAACCCGCAAACCUUCGUCAUGCCCCUGAAUUCCUCUGUCCCUCCGCCGCCACAGCCGUACUACCCAGCAGUGUAUGCUCCACCCCCCGGCUCAAGAUACCCUACCGCACCUUACUACUAUCCUCCUCCCCAAGGUGCUACGCCGUACUACCCUGCUUCUGCACCGCCUGCCCCAGCCGCAAGCCCUCCCGCCGUCCAAGCUUCCGCUCCAGCGCCCGCUCCAGCUGCGGCCCCACCUCCACCUCCAGUACCUGCGCCAGUACCGACGCCGACUCCGCAACCAGCCCCGCAGGCAAGCCCGCCUACCCCUUCGCCGGCCAUCCCGACAAAUACCGGCACUAUCUCGACGUUCAGCGCUGCAACUGGUAACGUGGCGCCUGGUGGUCACCAAGGAACGUGGUCAGAAGAGGAGACCGACAGGUUGAAGAGACUUGCGGAACGGAGCCGUGAGAUGGGCGGGGGACAGAACAAAGGGGAGAUUGAAUGGGACUGGGUAAUCCAGCAAUGGGGUAACAGCCGAACAAGACAUCAAAUUCUGCUCAAGGCAACCGCGCUUGGCCUAAAGGAGAGCUCAACGCGGGGAACGAAGCGACGACGAGAACCCGAUUCCGCGCAUACAGAAGCCGCGCAUCCCCCGCCACCUCCGCCUCAACAACAGCAACAACAACACGUUCCUCCGCCCAGUGCUCCAGCGAGCGCCGUGUCCCCAACUCGUAGCCCCAUGAACUCGACACCGACCUCAAUCAACGCGUCACCGGCGAUGCAGCCGCAACGUCCGCCCUCACAGUCCACGAACAUAAUGCCUCCCCCGCGAACUGCGGCUGCUCCAGCAGCUCCUCCCCCAACCACUGCGUCGAAUUUGCCAUGGCCACUCCCCACAAUGGCAAGCUCGUCCUCUAUCAUCCCGAGUCCCACACCUCCUGCCCCGGCGACAGGCGCGGACCCACGCAAUAGUACCAAUUACUACCGACCUCGGCCAACGCAGACACAGUCGUAUGGCGCCGCUGCCGCUGCCGCUACGAAUGCACAGCGACCGACGUCUUCCCACAGCUCAACGCAGCACCAGUACAUGUACCGGCCGAAUGGGACUGGGGUCAGGAGGGAUUCCGGGGCAUAGGGUGAUGGAGUUCGCGCUUCUGUUGGGUGGAUGUGCGUGUGUGUUUACCUUGUCUUGGUUUACGAUUGCAACUGCUCUCGGGCUCUCCGCCAGCCCGACGGACGAGUCUCCCCUGACCGCGUGGCCAGGCCAAAAUGUACUGUGUCUGCUUAGGUCUAUGCUACGCGCCGGGCGACGGCAGGCUUCUGUAUCAUACGCGUACUGUAUGGGUCUGCUUGGCGUCGUGUCCAUAUAGGUGAUCUUUUAUGUAGCAUUCACGUUCUAUCUCCAUCGUAUGGGAUCCCGCGUCUGUACCGAUAGCUGUUGACAUGUGCAAUGCGGGUGCUGAAUGGGAGAUGCGGUGCGCUGAUUUGGG